CUUCCUUUCAGAGUGAUCGUCUCCUCAUCAAAGGGGCAAAGAUAGUGAACGAUGAUCAGUCAUUCUUGGCUGAUAUCUACAUGGAGGAUGGAGUCAUCAAGCAAAUAGGAGAUAACCUCAUUGUUCCAGGGGGAGUGAAGAUCAUAGAGGCACAUGGGAGAAUGGUGAUGCCUGGAGGUAUCGAUGUGCACACCCGCUUCCAGAUGCCUGACCGAGGCAUGGUGGCAGCAGAUGACUUUUACCAGGGCACCAGGGCAGCUCUAGCUGGAGGGACGACUAUGAUCAUUGACCAUGUGGUGCCGGAGCCUGGCGUCAGCUUGAUUGCAGCUUUCAAACAGUGGAGGGAAUGGGCUGAUAGCAAGUCCUGUUGCGACUAUUCUCUUCAUGUGGACCUCACCGACUGGAACAAAGGCGUUCAAGAAGAGAUGGAGACCCUCGUUAAGGAUCAUGGUGUCAACUCUUUCCUGGUCUAUUUGGCUUAUAAGGAUGUUUUCCAACUUUCUGACUCUCAGAUCUAUGAGGUGUUCAGUGUCAUCAGGGACCUCGGUGCCAUUGCACAGGUGCAUGCUGAGAAUGGAGACAUCAUUGCAGAGGAGCAGAGGCGUAUUCUCGAGCUGGGUAUCACUGGGCCUGAAGGUCAUGUGCUUAGCCGUCCAGAGGAGGUGGAGGCAGAGGCAGUCAAUCGCUCUGUCACCAUAGCCAAUCAGACCAACUGUCCCCUCUACAUCACCAAGGUGAUGAGCAAGACUGCUGCUGAUGUCAUCGCCCUCGCCAGGAAAAAGGGUGCUGUGGUCUAUGGAGAACCUAUAUCUGCCAGCUUGGGCACAGAUGGUACCCAUUACUGGAGCAAGAACUGGGCCAAAGCAGCAGCCUAUAUCACUUCUCCACCACUCAGUCCUGAUCCCACAACCCCUGACUACCUCAGCUCUCUGUUGUCAUGUGGGGACUUGCAGGUGACUGGUAGCGCUCACUGCACCUUCCAGACUUCUCAGCGUGCUGUAGGCAAAGAUAACUUCACCAUGAUCCCAGAGGGCACCAACGGCACUGAGGAGAGGAUGUCCCUAAUCUGGGACAAAUGUGUGGUGACUGGAAAGAUGGACGAGAAUCAGUUUGUGGCAGUGACCAGCACAAACGCGGCUAAGACCUUCAACCUUUACCCGCGCAAGGGCCGCAUCGCCGUGGGCUCCGAUGCUGAUCUCGUGCUGUGGGACCCAGAUUUCACCAAGAUCAUCUCAGCCAAGAGCCACAACCUGGCUGUGGAGUAUAACAUCUUUGAGGGCACAGAAGUGCGCGGAGGCCCCCUGGUGGUAAUCAGCCAGGGUAAGAUUGUGUUGGAGGACGGCAGCCUUCACACCACGGAGGGCUGUGGGCGCUACGUCAGCCGCAAACCCUUCCCAGACCAAGUGUACAAGAGGAUUAAGGCUCGCAGCAGGCUGACAGAGUUGCGAGGAGUCCCCAGGGGCCUGUACGAUGGGCCGGUGUGCGAGGUGACUGUGACACCCAAGGUGAUGUCCACCGUCUCCUCGGUGAAGACUUCUCCUGCCAAGCAGCAGCAGCCGCAGCAACAGCAGGUUUCUGUUCAGCCUGUGCGCAACCUGCACCAGUCUGGCUUCAGUCUGUCUGGUGCCCAAGUUGAUGACAACAUUCCCCGUCGUAACACUCAGCGCAUCGUGGCUCCCCCGGGAGGAAAAGCCAACAUCACCAGCCUCGGCUAAGCCGUUUUCUCACUUUGGUGCAGGGCAUCAUGGGACCAGAAUCCACCAUUACCACCAUCACAUCACAUCUGGUCCACAACACAAACCUGUGACUCCCCCGGCACCCCACCCGAAAGCACUCCAUCCAUUCUCAUUCACCCACUACUACGUCACCUCAUGCAAAACAAGAAAAAGCACUAUUGCAUUUUGUUUAAUCUCUCCUGCCAUAUUCCAUUGUUAAGGAAGAGUCAAGUGAAUUGAAACAGCUUGCUUUUUUGCAGUUUUUUCAAGCCCAGUGUGACUAUUGAUGAAAUGAAUUUGUUUACAUUUGUUUACUUUUUUUUGUAUAAUUUGUGCUGUACAUGUUUGAAUUGUUAAAUUGCCUUUUCUGCUCAAAAAUCAACAGAAAACAAAUCCAAGAAGCGGUCAGUUUUAUGAGCUGGCAUUUUUAGAAGUAGCAUAGCAUUUGUUUACAAUUUUUCUUCUCGUGCUGUUCAUUUCUCAGAUAUUAAACAGAAUGUGCUGGCGGUCGUGCUACAACCACCUGUCCGCGUGCGUUACAUUGUUGUAACAUUGCUGUUUUAAUACAAAAUACUAUAACAUUUCUGAUAUAGAAAAUUCCAAAUACUAAUCAUAACACAUUUCUUUCUAAAGUGGACAGUAUUUGAUUUUGUGUAGGUCCUGCAGUAUACUGAGUGCUGCUGAACAAUUCACCUUGGUCUUCCUUUUGUGUUAUUGUUGCACUUUGUCCCUGUUUUAAAAAAAUGAAUCUUUUUGAUGUUUUUAUCAUGUUAAGUCAUUUUGAUAUGCGCUGACUGCACUGAAAGGAAAAGAAAGGGUAUUUAAAGGGUUCACACCACUCAUUCAUCUUCAUUCUGAAUCAUUUUAAAGGGAGGGAAAUGUUUGGCACAUAAGAGUUUGUCUGAGACACAUGAACAUUUCCCCUCAUUUCAUCAUUUUGUUUUUGCCUCAUGUUUGUUUCAAAGGUUGUCAAGGCAACAAGUUACAAUAAUCAGACCGGUAUAUAUUGUUCAGGACCCAAAACAGACACUAAGAAACUAGAAAGAGAGGUUUUUCCGACAGCCUCUCUGCACCUGGUGCUAUAUGAAACUCGCUGUAUAUGAUCAGAUGAUGUCAACAUGAUCUGCACAGCAGUUGUGUCAGCUUUGUAAUAACAGCAGCCAGGGUAGAGUUUCCAUUUACCCAGUUCUGACAGAAAUUGUCUUGCACCUGUAACAAUCCAAAUUGUAAAAAUGUAUGUGAGCUUGCAACUUUUAUUUGUGUUGGAUAUGUCUGUAUGCUUUAAGGAUAUUUGUUGAAUUAAAAAUAAUUGCCUGCCUGUCCUGUAAGAUAUUGAUAGCACACUGUAUCUAUGAAGGCUCUUAAAGAAGUGAAACUGUGAACUUUGAGACCUGAUGAAAAAAAAGCGUCAGUAUGCAUAUGAAACCCCCCCCCCCCCCCC